GUGAAUCGAGAUACGACCGCCGGCAACGACACAAAACAAAAUUUAUUAAAAUUAAGAAAAAUGUUCGCCAAAACGUCGUACUACGCUCUUUACGCGAUGAUAAUGGUCUUGGCGAGAUGCGCUCGUUGUCAACAGACCAACGUCGUCGCAGUCGGCAGCAGCACCGCGGGCGAUUACCAAGCCUCCGGCGAACAGCUGUUCGAAGAUCUCUUUGACGACGACGACGAUGAGGAUGGCGACUUCGACGACGACGACGACGACGGCAUUGAAGAAGAUUACGACGAUGCGGAAGAACCCGAAGACAACGACGAACCGAGUGAAGUUAUUGUCAAAGCGGUCCAGUGGCUGACCGCCAGCAACGGCGGCACCGUCGACCAGGUGAUGCCGUUCUACGAGGAGUUGUUCAAGUUGCAAAAGGACGUGGCCGGCGAUCUGGGCCGGAACGCCUUGGACUUCUCGGCGCUGUAUUCGGCGUGGGCGGAGUUCGCCAAAGCUCCCCGGGACACGGACCAACAGCUGCUGAUGCUGGCCUACUACCAGAGGUUGUUCGCCGGGUACGCGGCCGACCGGGAACGCCUUCGGGCCGACUUGGACCGGCUCGGGGACAUGGAGACCGUGCUGUUGCCCUCGACCGUGUACCCCGACGCCGCCGACGGUAUCACCGGCGAACGGAUGAAGCUGGCGUUUGCCAUGGCCGCCGAGCAGGACCAGCUGAUGGCCGCCGCGGUCGAGUCGCAGUCGUCCUCGCCGGACCUGACGAGACCCGAAGUCGCCCCCCAAGAUGAUGAGAUACAGUACAACAAGAUAGAAGAACGUCGUGAUGGGGGCCAGGGCGAACGCAGCUUGUUUCCCGACACUUCUUAACGAUAAAACAUAAGCCAUCACCGACAUUAUUAAACGCACGAUAAUAUAUAUAUCUUCAAUUAAACUACACGGCUAUUAACUAGGUCAACUACGACCCUUUGUCGAUAUCUUUGAGGGUAUUAGACUUCUCAUAUACCUAUAUACAUGUUCGCCAAAUUCUAAUGUACAAAAACACAAACCCGUUCUCCCCACCGUGUGUUAUGAACAGCUGUUAUGAACUUGGUAUUUUUCGAUUUUGACAGAAUUUACCGAACAUUUCCACUGGUCGAUAACCAGUUUCGAAUGAUGACCACUUAUAAAGUCAAAUGACAAUUAUUCAAAACUGGUUGUCGACCAGUCAAAUUGUUUUCAGCAAAUUAGGUACCUAUACUUGAUUUCUAAAGUUGAAUUAAUAAUUCUGUCAAAAUUGAAAAAUACUAAGUUCACAACACUUGGGGGGGAAUGGAGUUAUAUUUUAGGAAAAAUAUAACAAAUUUGAGCCAACAACUAUAAAUGUAUAAAAUAAAUCCUAAAAAAAGCCUAAUAUCUUUUGAGAUAUCGACUGGGACUGGGUCGUAUGAUCACCUUGUAUCAUCUUUUUAAACUUGUAACGUUUACCGACGAUUUUUGAAAGAGAAAAAUAAAAUUGUAUUCUAUAUUGAACGUGGGUGAAUUUUUGUAAUCCAUAAUUUACAAUUCAUAGUAAAUGCUUAAUAUUGUACAAUAUAUAUUGUUUAAUUUCGUUAAAACUGUUGUCGUAAAACGAUAAACAAAUAAACGUUCCUAACAAUUAUA